GGUCUCGGGGGCGCUCGGUCGGCUCAAGAAAUCCAGUGUGAAAUUGCUGCAAAAGCAGAGAUGAUUAUACAAAGAGUAGUGCUGAAUUCACGGCCUGGUAAGAAUGGAGUGCCAGUGGCUGAGAACUUCCGACUGGAGCAAAGUACCAUAGCAGAUACAGUCCAACCGGGACAAGUGCGUGUUAAAACUCUCUAUCUCUCAGUGGACCCCUACAUGCGCUGCCGGAUGAAUGAGGACACAGGCUCGGAUUACCUGCAGCCCUGGCAGCUGUCUGAAGUUGCUGACGGUGGGGGCAUCGGGGUUGUGGAGGAGAGCAAGCACCAGAACCUCGCUAAAGGAGACUUUGUAACAUCCUUCACUUGGCCCUGGCAGACAGCAGCAAUUCUUGAUGGAGACUCUCUACAAAAGCUGGUUCCACAGCUUGUGAAUGGACGCCUUUCCUACUUUCUGGGUGCAGCUGGUAUCACAGGACUGACGGCCCUGCUGGGAAUCAGGGAGAAAGGACACGUGGCUGCGGGUGCAAAUCAGACCAUGGUGGUGAGCGGAGCGGCCGGCGCCUGCGGCUCUUUGGCCGGCCAGAUUGGCCGUCUGGAGGGCUGCUCUAGAGUGGUGGGGAUUGCUGGCACAGAUGAAAAGUGCUCCAUUUUGGUCAAAGAAAUGGGGUUUGAUGCUGCUAUCAAUUACAAGAAGGGGGAUGUGGCAAAACAGCUACGUGAACUCUGCCCAGGUGGUGUGGAUGUUUACUUUGACAAUGUUGGUGGAGACAUCAGUGAUGCAGUUAUAAGUCAGAUGAAUCAGAACAGCCAUAUCAUCCUGUGUGGACAGAUUUCUCAGUAUAACAAAGACGUGCCUUAUCCCCCUCCACUGCCUGCUGACAUAGAAAAAAUACAGAAAGAAAGGAACAUCACAAGGGAAAGAUUCUUGGUGUUGAACUACAUGGACAAACAAGAAGCUAGUGUAUUACAACUCUGCCAGUGGAUCCAAGAGGGUAAAUUGAAGGUCAGAGAGACCGUGGUGGAAGGCUUAGCAAACAUGGGUGCUGCUUUCCAGUCCAUGAUGAGUGGAGGCAAUAUUGGAAAACAGAUCGUCUCAGUUUCAAAGUAAAAUCAGUGGUUCAAGAAAAAUAAUUGCAUUCUGUCUCUAACAGUGGGCAAAUUUUUACUUACACUAAUUUCCAUUUCUUAAAUGAACCAUUAGGUUGUUCUGUAUGUACUGAAAGCAGAGAUUUUUGGAUGCUAAUAAAUUAAAUUGAACUGGAAACA